UCUGAUUUUAUCUAUAUUGUUAUUAGUGAUUUAAGUUUUACUUCAGCUGUCAUACUAACCUGUCGCAGUCAGAACAAGUCGGGUUAGCGUCAGCAUAAAUUUUACACUGAAAAACUAAACGGACGGACAUUAUGAAUAUUUGUGUUGGAGUGCUCCUCUUGGCAUUUAUUCUCGUGUCUGAAGCGCAACUCCGAAGCAGUGGGGAAAAUGUCUGUCAUCGGGUUGACCAGCGAUCUCACACCUAUUUAUUUAAAACAAAGAAGAUGAUUGUGAAAGAAAAGAGAGUCGACUGUUGGGACAUUUCCCAAAAUUUCAGAUGUCUUCGUAAGCUUUAUGAACCCGUGUAUGAACCGCGAACACGAGUCGUUCAUGUACCUGUUUUCUACUGUUGUGCGGGAACCAGAUUGGAAGGGAGCAGAUGUGUGAGAGAAAUUCCAACCAAUAUUUGGACUCGUUCUCCGUCUGGAUGUGAUUGUUACUUCAACGGCGCCCAAGAUUGUGCUUGCUGUGAAUUCGGUGGAUGUCAGUGUGAUCGUUCUCAUCCAGAUAAAUGUGUACAAUGCGGAUAUGGACAUACUUGCUCAGCUGAAUACGAUGACCUGAACAGCAUGGGAUUGGAUGGAUGGACACUCACGGAAACAGGAUGUAAAUGUGAUGGAAGUCCAGGUGCCGGACCUUGUCCAUGUUGUCAGAAUCGCGGGUGUCCAUGCAAAAAAGGGAGAACAACUCGAUGCAGUCAGUGUGGAUUACCCGAAAUGUGCUUUUCAGUUCUGGAAUAAACAAAGAAGGCGAAGAACAAUAGAGGAUUCCAAGAACCGUAGUAGUCAUGUUGAGUUAGAUUAGAUUAGAAUAAUUUGAUUGUUAGAUAAUUUCAUUCUCUGAACCAAAAUACAUUUCUUUUAGGUCUUUCAUUUAAAAACUCUGUCAAACGCGAAUUGUUGUGCUAAAUAUCUUUUGAUUUCAUUCAGCGAUUGUGAAUGCAAAUGCACAAUUUUAGAUGUGAAAUAAGAUAAUGUAACAAUUAAUAUUUUAUGAAAAAUACAAUCAAUUCCCCAAAAAUCAAUGUAGGACAAUGCAAUGUUAAUAAUGAAGCAUAUCUUUCAUUUCCAACGCUUGGCUUCAAUUUCAAUUACCUCGAAUAAUUAUUUUAUCUUUCAGGCUUGUAUAACACUGUCUUUUCAAGUUAAGAAUCCUGUAAGCCCAACUAGAGUGCUGGCACAUAAGCGACCUGUAACUCGUAAAAGCUGGGCUUUUGGUUGUGUCUUGGUUUUGAAGCGACACCUAGCGAUCACGCUCAUAUUCGCAGGAUUUGUUGUAUGGCAUGCUAUACAAUUUAAAUAACUGUUUAGCGAACUUCAUAGUAACAACACGCGGACUAAUCAAAAAACAAAACGCUUUAAAGCACUUUAUACCUACGAUCACCUUGUCAAGG